CGGCCCAGCCCAGUACCCCUCCCUGAAUAACCCUACGUGCCCCGGCGAUAUUUCCUCCCAGAACGGGCACUCGAGCCGCCGCCGCCUCUCCUUUCCACGCGCCGCCGUCGCUUCUGCCCAGAUCGACGCAGCGCCGCCGGGAGCCGGCUCGCCGCUCCUCGUUGGAUCGCCGCCGGAAGCCCCGCCGCCCCGGGGCGCCGUCCGCCUUCAACGGUGGCUCAGCUUCAUGAGGCGGAGGGAGGAGCACUCCCAGAGAUCGCGCUCCCCGGCCAGCGGCAGGGAGCCGAGGGGCACGCCGCCACGCAAGCGGAGCCCCCCUGAGCGGAGGAAGAGUUCGCCUGCUAGGGCACGGUCCCCACCUGCUAAGCCCAGCGCGUCGCACAGGGACAGGGAGAGGUCACCUCCGAGGGAGAAGGCGAAGGAGCGUGCCAGGUCGCCGCGGUCUCCUGCUAAGGGCAGCCUCUCGCAGAGGGAGAGGUCGCCUCCGAGGGAGAAGGUGAAGGACCAGCGGGUCAGGUCACCAAAACACGCGAGGGAGCAGUCACGAUCACCGUCGCCUGCCGGGCGGCGCGGCUCUAUGUCGCCAUCACCGCGCACCAAGAGGCUGAGGAGAGCCCAGGGCGAGCGGGAGGCUGCGCAGGUGACUGACAGUGAUCGCCGCAAGUCCAGCCACAGGGAGGAGCGGGACACUGGGAGACACAGGGAGCCUGAUGAUGGGAGGGAUGCUUCGAGGGACAGGAAGGUGGAGCGGGAGACAGCGCAGGUAACCAAUGGUGACCGCCACAAGUCCUCUCACAGGGAAGACAGGGACUCAGGAGGCAAGCACCGUGAGCAUGAUGAAGGGAGGGAUGCAUCUAGAGAUAGAAAGGCAGAGCGGGAGGAUGCCAGAGAUAAGAAAUCUGAUCGAGAUGAUGGAAAGGAUCGUUCAAGGGAUAGAAGGGCUGGAAGGGACGAUAGGUCUGGUGCUUCAAAGGAGUCAUUGUCGAGCCGGGAUGAUGAUAGGCAUGAUUCAAGAGGUGGAAGACCUGAUCGCGAUGACUGGAAAGCUGCUUCUUCAAGGGAGCAAUGGGUGGACCGUACUGAUAAAAGGGAUUCAAUAAGGGAGAAACUGACGGAUCGGGAGGAGAGCAAUGGAGGAUCAGGAAGGUCAUCUAUGCGUGGUCGAUCAGUGUCUCCAGAUGAGCACAGGCAUCGGGGCAGGCAUGAGUCUCAUCCAUCACCGAGGGUCUCCAGAAGUGCAGCGCGGACUGAGGAUAUCAACUCUAGAGGAGGUGAAGCAUCCAGCAGCGGAGAUCCUGAUGCUUUGGCAAGAAUGAACGCUGCCACAAAAGCUCUUGAAGCAAAAGAAAAGCAAAAGCCAUCCUUUGAGUUGUCUGGAAAGCUUGCUGAGGAGACCAACAGAGUUGCAGGUGUAAAUCUAUUAUAUUCAGAACCCCCAGAGGCUCGCAAGUCAGAGAAUAGAUGGAGGCUCUAUGUAUUUAAGGGUGGACAACCGCUGAAUGAGCCACUGUAUGUUCAUCGGAUGACCUGCUACCUUUUUGGAAGAGAAAGGAAAGUUGCAGACAUCCCCACAGAUCAUCCCUCCUGCAGCAAGCAGCAUGCAGUUCUUCAAUAUAGACUUGUAGAGAAGGAGCAACCAGAUGGCAUGAUGGCAAAGAAAGUGAGGCCUUAUCUGAUGGAUCUUGAUAGUACAAAUGGGACUUUCAUUAAUGAAAAUCGCAUUGAACCUCGUCGCUAUUAUGAACUAUUUGAAAAAGAUACAAUCAAGUUUGGCAAUAGUAGCCGGGAGUACGUUUUACUCCAUGAAAAUUCAACAGGAUGAGGAUCAAAAUGCCCGAAUACAUUUAUUGUAGGAGAAACUUCAGCAGAAGCAUGUGCUGAUACUUGUUUUUUGUUUAAACAAAAAGAUGGACCGGGGGCUGGUCAGCUGGUAUUGCUUUUGGCCUGUGAUUUCUUCACAGGUGUGUAGGGCUAUCAUCAUGAAGAGAGCAACCUGUAGCAGAUAGCCUUGAUCAUCUUGUAUUCAAGCAUGUUUUGUUGUACUGAUGGCAUUCAUAUCACUUGGCAUCGGAGACAGCUGUUUAUGGAGCUGUACUAUAGUGAUGUUGAUCAUGGAUUCAGUAAUUUUAAUUGUGCGUGUCUCAGAUCUGCUUGCCUUUCCC